UAUGUGCUAAAGGUGUCCCAUCUUUCCCCACUCUACUAUUUUUCAGUUAAUAUUCAAAUGGUUGUCAACCAGUUGCGGCCAAACAUGAAUUAACAAUUUGUAAAUGUCUGUUCAAUUAAUAACUUGCGCAAAACAAGGGGUAAGCGCUGGUGGAAUAUUUAUUUAUUUUUAAUAAUUUUACUGUUAGUGUUUCUGACGUAGGUUAUCUUGAAUAUAACAUGUGUCUAUUACGUCAUAAAUACGUUUGUACCAAACAUUCAGAGAAACAUCGAUUUUUAUUUUAUGGCGCGAACGCCUCCCUUGCCAAUUAAUUAGGAAACUAAUCACUUUCAUCCAAUCAACAAACUUCACAACUCAUUAAACUAAAUGAGAUACGUCAUAAUAUACAAUCUAUAGAGAAAUCUAAUAUUCUUAUUUUUAUUUUAAAUAAAGUUUCAGUUUAGUUAUGCCGAUCAAAAGCUCUAGUUUUUCGCACACCGACUUUCUGGAGACGGUGUCCACACGCUUCAAUGGAACACACAGCAGCUUCGUUCUUGGAUCGGCGCAGAUUGCCGGGGAAUUCCCCAUCGUGUAUUGCUCAGACGGCUUUUGUGAAUUGACAGGGUUCAAUAGGUCACAGAUAAUCCAACAAAGCUGUUCCUGUGAUUUCUUGUACGGAGCAGAAACAGAAUACUCAGAUAUUUUGAAAAUAAGGGAAGCCCUUGAAACGCAAACCAAACUACAAAUGGAAACUAUUUUGUACAAGAAGGGAGGUUCCUCUUUCCUGUGUUUAAUGGAUAUAAUUCCCAUCAAAAACAACCCCAACGGGACUGGUAUGUUCCUCGUUUCCUACAAACAGAUCUCAACACCUGGAGAUGACGAAGAUGAUGAGUCAGCACCAAUAUCGUUUGAACACCUUAGUCAUCGUCGCAGAAGUCGGGCGGUCCUUUACAAUCUUUCUGAGAGUUUACAAACAAAGAAGAAGAAAAAAUGUUUCAGAAGAUUUGUGGACAGAUGUUUCAGCGGCUACUCGGAGUUAAAAAUGAGCGGCAAAAUGUCGUCAAGGUUUGUUAUUCCUCAUUCAAGCAACUUCAAGUCUGGUUGGGAUUGGUUCGUGGUCUUCCUUACUUUGUACGUAACCGCUGUCGUUCCCUUCUAUGCAGCCAUACAGUCAUUCGGUGGUGCAAACCACACACUUCAGUCACCUGACCUCUUUCAUCGGAAAGAUACAAACCCCGUCAGUUUCGCAAUCGACAUCGUCAUAGAAAUCCUAUUUUUACUCGAUAUUGGGAUAUCGUUCCGUACCACGUUUGUGGCGAAGUCGGGAGCCGUGGUGUUGGAUCCCAAAGUGUUGGCACUGGCUUACAUCAAAGGUUGGUUGGUCGUCGAUCUAAUUGCCGCCGUGCCCAUAGAUAUCAUAUCUCAUGUGUUUAAUGUACCAUGGAGUGCACAGCCAAUAGCAUUGCUGAAGAUUGUUCGAUUGCUUCGUUUAUUUCGUCUCUACAACAAGAUUGUUCGUUGGUCACAUUAUGGAAUGUUCGUUUUAACAAUGCUGGUUGUGCUGUUUGGGUUGGUCGCUCACUGGCUGGCUUGCAUAUGGUUCUCCCUCGGCUGGAACGAGUUCAAAUCUCAAUCCGGGGGCGAAACGGAUGGUAUUGGUUGGUUGUACGAGCUGAGCCACGCCAUUCACCUUCCAUUCAACUCCAAUGGAACUGGUGGUCCUGAUGUCGUCACCUCGUAUAUCACUAGUUUAUAUUUCACCCUCAGCAGCUUAACGAGUGUUGGCUUCGGAAAUGUUUCGGCCAACACAAAUAAUGAGAAAAUAUUUUCUAUCUGCGUCAUGACAAUUGGAGCCCUCAUCCACGCUGUGAUAUUCGGAAACUUGACGGCCACAAUCCAGCGAAUGUACGUGAGAAAAUCGCAGUUUGAUACGAAAAUGCGAGAUUUAAAAGAUUUGAUUCGUGUCCAUAGAUUACCAAAAUCGUUGGAGCGUCGAAUGGUUGAACAGUUUCAAGCGUCAUGGGGACAGAAUGGGGGGGUGAACCCAACUGAGGUUUUAAAAGAUUUUUCGAACGACAUUCAGUCUGACGUGUACGUUCAUAUUCAUAGAGAAAUCCUUGACCUGCCGAUGUUUCAGAAGAAUAAUCAAGGUUUUACAAGAUUUCUAUCCCACCAUAUGACGAGAUACAAAGUUUCUCCCGGCCCCAACAUCAUCCACCAGGGGGACCCCUUGCACGAUAUCUACUUCUUGUGCAACGGGUCAAUAGAAAUCCGCAAGGGUGACGUGAUGGUUAAUAUAUUAGGCAAAUGGGACGUAUUUGGCCCCGAUGUGACAUCACAGAGAGACACCACUGUGACAUCACAGUUCAAUGUAAGAGCUCUCACCCAUUGCGAAUUGGAAUGCAUUUCAAUCAAGGGUUUGCUGCAAGCGGAGAAGUUAUACCCCGAUCUAUCAACGGGCCUCAUCGAAACUCUUUUAUCAGAAUUUUCAUGCAAGUUGUGGACAAGAGAAGCUGAAUUAACGAGCCAAGUUUCAUCAGGUUCAACCGAAAACGUGGAUUUGAUUUCACUCCUAGGUGACAGGAGAGAGUCCAAACAAUCAAAGUUACAGGACAGCGUUAUUAUUAAUAUCGAUGGUUUGAAGAACUCACCACUAAAGGGCAGCAAAGAUUUGAAACGAUCAUGUUUUGAUUACGGAAAAAAAAAAUUGGUUUCAUUACUUUCUCCGACUACAAAAGAAUCAAAUACAAUGGACACACUUAACCCACAAUCAAACCAUGGUUUGUCAUGCUCAGCUUCCGAAGGCUCUAGUUUAAAACAAGUGAGAUUUUUCGACAAACAUUUGACUCCCCAAGAUGUUGGUUAUGAUGUCACAGUCCGUAAGCAUAGCGAACCAAGUAUUUCAAGACACAUCACUUUUUAUGACUUGCCAAAACUAUGCGCCAAAUCCAAUGACUCAACAAUUGGUAAAAGUGCUGAGUCACCGAUGACAGGAACCACUCGGAAGUUGAAACACCAGGUGUCACUACAGAGCAGGCGUAGAAGACGAAGAAGAAAAAUAUCAAAACGAGAAAAAAAUAUGGAAGAUAUUCAUUCAGCUAAUGUUCAACAGGAAAGGGAGAUUCUAUCAAAGAACUUUGCUUCGGAAUCUGACAGUGACUUUGGCCACCUUCCACCUUGUGAUUUUCGCACCACCUCUCGAGGUUAUUCACGCUACCAUAUGAAAAGUGAUGAGAAUUAUCAUGGUGAAUAUUUAUUCAAACUGCGAGGGUAUGCCUCCAAGGUAUCUGCUUUGUCACGGGAUCUACAAAGUUUUAUUAAGCAAAUAGAAAAGAACAAACAAUCAGAAACACCAUUAUUGCAUCACUAUCAAGAUGAGACAAUCAACUUUGCACCAAACGACGAAUCAUUUGUUUUUUGUGCGAGCAACCAACUGACGUCAAACCAAGUUUAUUCUGAUUGUUCCAAAUCUUCUGAUGUCAUAGUGACUGAUUUGAUGUCACAGAAAGCAAGUAACAUGUCACUUCCGAAAUAUACUCUCACGACACCUAAUGGUGAUACGGUUGACCUUGAGAAUGAUGUGCUAGCAUCAUCUAGUGGUCAAAAACAUAAGUUUAAAUCUGUCUUUCUUCGUGCCGAGAGUUAUGUUGACAGUGAGAGCGGGUACUUGAGUGAACCCCAUCGCCAUGCUAUGUCAUCGUGAUGUCAUGCUACAUCAUCGUGAUGUAAUGCUUCAUCAUCGUGAUGUAAUGCUUCAUGAAUGAACUGAUGUAAUUUAUUUAUCCUCCCAUGGCAGGACAACACUCGUUGUAACACGGGUGUUUUGUUUCAUACACUUUGUGCCAGCUUACAAGUUACCGCCUAUGUAAAUUUGUGGGUGAUUGUUUUAUUGUAUGCCGACAAUUUGGACAACCUAUAAGUGACCACUGAGUUUGGGCAAUAGCAGGUAAGUGUCUUGCUUAAAGACACAAAUACCCAUAAUGGUGGUAGCCAUGAUUCCCAUGAACUUUAAUCUCCAAGUUAAGUACAGGCGUGCCAACUAUCGUGCCCUGUGCUGGACUGAUGUCAUGUUACAUCAUUGUGAUGUCAUCAUUUCAAUCAUUUUAUUUGUAAAUAAAUAAAUGAUAAACACUUUCAGUA